CAGGUGGGCGCCGACAGUGAUCCGCGCCGUGCUGUGCUCCGGACCCCGAGCUCGCCUCCGGGAAGCCGCCGCUCGGCGCUCGGCCCCGAGGGCGCGGGUCCCGGGCCAACUGAACAGGAACUGCUCUCCGGCUGAUUCGCGCCGCUGGGCCGGAGCCGGGUGCGUGUGCCGGAGCGAGCGCGUGCGGAAGGCAGAAGGGCAGGAAGUCGCGCUUCUGCAGCGAGGGUGGCGCGACCGCGCGGGGACAGAGCCUUCCUCAUUUAUGUGUCUGCCAGCGCUGCCUCCUUCCUCCGAAGACUUCAGGGAGAGUCUCCGCGCUGCCGUCCCCGCGUGUGAGCACGGAAGGGCUGGGCGUCGGAACAACAUGAUUAUCCAUUAAAUUCCAAACUUUGCUUUUUUUAACCCAAAGAAUAUCGGUGAUUUUUGUCCACUGCUAAAAGAAGAGAGAGCCCAGGGCUCUGGAAAUGCAGCAGAAUCCUUAUUUAUAAGAGGCCGUCGGGAGUGAUAUGCAAACCCCCUCCGCCCAGUGAGUUUCUAUCCUAUGGAUACCAGCCUUGCCGUCUGAGCUUGGACGGCCUCCGCACUGGGUCCCGCAGCCUCCGUCCUUUCAAUGCCCGGUUUCCUCUGGGACUGCUGGCCUUCCCUGGAGAUCAGAGCGGUCCUGUGUGCCAUGGGCUGUAUUCAGAGCAUCGGAGGCAAAGCCAGAGUCUUCCGGGAAGGGAUCACAGUCAUUGAUGUGAAGGCCUCUAUCGACCCCAUCCCCACCAGCAUUGACGAGUCCUCCAGCGUGGUGCUCCGCUACCGGACACCCCAUUUCCGGGCCUCGGCCCAGGUGGUCAUGCCGCCCAUCCCCAAGAAAGAGACCUGGGUGGUCGGCUGGAUACAGGCGUGCAGCCACAUGGAGUUCUACAACCAGUACGGGGAGCAGGGCAUGUCCAGCUGGGAGCUCCCCGACCUCCAGGAGGGCAAGAUUGAGGCCAUCAGCGACUCGGACGGGGUGAACUACCCCUGGUACGGCAACACCACGGAGACCUGCACCAUCGUGGGCCCCACCAAGAGAGACUCCAAGUUCAUCAUCAGCAUGAACGACAACUUCUACCCCAGUGUCACGUGGGCCGUGCCGGUCAGCGAGAGCAACGUGGCCAAGCUGACCAGCAUCUAUCGGGACCAGAGCUUCACCACGUGGCUGGUGGCCACCAACACUUCCACCAACGACAUGGUCAUCUUGCAGACGCUGCACUGGCGCAUGCAGCUCAGCAUCGAGGUGAACCCCAACCGGCCCCUAGGCCAGCGCGCCCGGCUGCGGGAGCCCAUUGCACAGGACCAGCCCAAGAUCCUGAGCACUAACGAGCCCAUUCCACCCAGCGCUCUGGUCAAGCCCAACGCCAACGACGCUCAGGUCCUCAUGUGGCGGCCCAAGUACGGGCAGCCGCUGGUGGUGAUCCCGCCCAAGCACCGGUGACGCCAGGGUGCCGGCAGACCAGACUCCAGUAAUAAUAGUGCUGACGGACCCCGCGCGCUCCUCCGUCACUUGGCAAAAUACAACCUUUCUACCUUC